UGCAUUGAGAGCUAAUAAAAAAUAAGUCAUUAGUAUUAAAAAAAGAGAUCAGAGUUUCACUUUUGCCAAAAUGGUUACUCGGCUCUGUUCUCUACGCCCAGUUUUCUAUGCAUGGAUGCUGCUGCUCCUGCAACUUAUCUCCAUUGAUGUGCUCAAAGCAACUGCAAAGACCUUCGAUUUCUAUUACUUUGUUCAGGAGUGGCCAGGAUCAUACUGUGACACGCAUAGAAAAUGCUGUUUUCCUAAGAUCGGAAUACCCUCUUCCGAUUUCCAUAUUCAUGGCCUCUGGCCCAACAUGGAGGACGGAUCCUGGCCUCAAUAUUGUUCCCCCCAUUCCCAUUUCGAUUUCUCACAGGUUGCAGAUUUAGAGGGUGAGUUAGAAAAAGAAUGGGCUUCAUUACAGUGCCCUAGUAACAAUGGGCAUAAGUUUUGGGCUCAUGAAUGGGAACGCCAUGGAAGCUGUGCCCUUAAUCUUAAGGAGCAUGACUACUUCAACUCUACACUCGCUCUCAAGAAACAAAUGGAUAUUCUGGGUGUUCUGGAAGCUACAGGGAUUUUGCCCAAUGGGGAAGAGUACAGUUCAGAUGAGAUAUUGGAGACAAUAGGAGAGGCCAUUGGUGCUGUUCCAGAGAUAAGAUGCAAUAGAGAUUUGGAAGGAAGGGAACAGUUAUUGGACGUGUUUGUGUGCAUCAAUAAGUAUGAUGCUUCCACUGUGAUUCCCUGUCCCACCGAGCCCCACAACAGAUGUUCUCCCAAAAUUAUAUUUCCUCCUUUUAGGAUGGGGCUAAGUAGCAGCUAAGCUGUAAUUCAUUUCACUCAUGUAAUAAGAUUAGAAUGCCUGAAGCUCCUUAACUCUUUUUACAGUCUAUGAUAAUGAUUGAAAGUGCUUUUAAAUUA